AUGCUUCCCCGAGUUUUAAUUUGCAGCACAAUUGUCUGGGCACACGACGAUGUCAAGGAGCUACUAGGGGACAUUGCAGAGAUCAUCUACGUCGACGCCCCCGACCGCGCGACUUUCCUGGCAGACUGCAAGCCUGCAGGAAAAUACGCAGGCGCCGUAGGUAUCUACCGCGAGAACGAAUCCGCGAAAAAAAUUGGGGCCUUCGACAAGGAGAUCAUCAACGGUCUACCGUCCAGCGUGAAAUGGAUUGCGCACAACGGUGCAGGGUACGACCCGGUUGACGUGCACGCGUGCAUUGCUCGAGGAAUCUACCUCUCAAAUACUCCUGGUGCCGUUGACGACGCCACGGCCACGACAGCACUCUAUCUGAUCAUCUCCACCCUCCGCCAAUACGCCAUUGCUGAGCGAUCCCUGCGCGCGUUAAAGUGGAAGCCCUCAGGGCUCAACACGAAAACGCACGACGUGUCCGGUCGGACGUUGGCCAUCCUUGGGCUCGGCGGAAUCGGGAUGCGCUUGGCGGAACUCGUCCAAUCGUUCCCGAUGCGCGUGAUCUACCACUCGCGCAGAAAGGUCGCGGACGCCCCUGCGUAUUGCGAAUACUUUGAAAAUGUGGACGAGAUGCUGAAGCAGACGGACGUGCUUAGCGUGCAUGUGCCCCUACGAAAGGAAACGGAGGGGCUGGUGGGCGAAAAAAUGAUUCGGACGUUGAAGCCUGGUGCGAUUAUCAUCAACACGGCACGGGGCAAGGUUAUCGAUGAGGAGGCGCUGAUCAGGGCGCUAGAGGACGGACAUCUAUCAGCGGCGGGUCUUGACGUGUUCCCGAACGAGCCUGAAGUUAAUCCCCGCCUUCUCGAAUUCCCCCAAGUCACGCUGUUGCCGCAUAUGGGCACGGAGAAUCAGGAUUCGCAGCGCAAGAUGGAAGUAAGGGCGCUGACGAACCUGAGGGAUUUCCUGAAGACGGGACAGGGUAAGGACCUCGUCAUUGAGUGGAAGAACCACGCAGCUGCAAAGGUGAAGCCAAGAUUGUAGCUCACCAAAUUCGAAUGGGACUGACAUUGACUCAAGACUGCUUGAUUCGGUUGAUAGUAUGUAUAUAAUAUAUAGAUUAAGAUAUACAUUAUAUAUGCGUGCAUCA